UUCAAAGAAAAUACGCAUCCUUGAUAUUAUUUAUCCUAAAUCAAUGUAAAAAAACCCUAUAUAUAUUGUGUGUGUGUUUAAUGAUUUGUUAGACCACCAGCCUCGAACCUUCGUCCCUUGAUCUCUGCUAGUUCAUGGCUUCUGCUUCUACUUCGUCAUCAUCCGGCAAUCCCGCAGAGAGAAGGGGCAUUCCGGCGGCCUCUUUUGUUGAGGAUGUACAAACCUACCUUAUUCAAUCGGGCUUCGAUGCGAACUCUGCCCUUGCAUUCCUUCAAGAAAGACUUCAGCAGUACAAGAUAGCGGAAAUGAAACUUCUGGCACAACAGAGAGAUCUUCAGGCAAAAAUACCUGAUAUUGAGAAAUGCUUGGGUAUUGUUUCCACCAUACAAGCUAAGAAGGGUACUGGUGAGGACUUGAUAGCUGAUUUUGAAGUUUCCGAGGGGAUCUACUCGAGGGCUCGAAUUGAAGACUCUAAUUCUGUUUGUCUUUGGUUGGGAGCCAAUGUCAUGCUGGAAUAUUCUUGUGAAGAGGCCAACGAACUUUUGAAGAAGAACUUGGAAAAUGCCAAAGCCAGUUUAGAGGUUCUAAUUGCUGAUUUGCAGUUCCUAAGGGACCAAGUAACUAUAACUCAGGUCACAACUGCUCGGGUUUACAACUGGGAUGUUCAUCAAAGAAGAAUCAAGCAAACAACUUGAAAAGAAAAAAAUAAAUCAAAAAUGGUUUUUUUUCCUUCUUCUUAUUAGCUAAAAAACCAUAUUGCCGUUGGAUUCUUCUUUUGAGCCUUUGAUGGUCUUAAAUAUAUUUUAUGACUUUAGUUGUGAAAAAAAUGCACUUUUAGAAACUUAUGCGAGUAUUAUUAUUUUUUUAAGCUUCUCUUUGAAGGAUUUAUGUAUGCUUUGUGAACUUGAAAAGAGCGAAAAAUUAUUCC